AUGACCGAGGCGAGCUCCGUGCUGAACCAGACGCACGGAGAAGACCUGGACGUGAACACGGACGUGUACUCCAAAGUGGUCCUGACGAUCAUUUACGUGGCGCUAUUUGUCGUGGGUUCUCUGGGGAACUCGUUCACGCUGUGGACACUGUUCACUAAGAAGAGCAUGCAGAACCUGCAGAGCACCGUGCACUACCACCUGGCGAGCCUGGCCGUGUCCGACCUGCUCAUCCUGGUGCUGGCCAUGCCCAUAGAGCUCUAUAGCUUCAUCUGGUUCCACCACCCGUGGGUGUUCGGGGACGCCGUGUGCCGCGGGUACUACUUCCUCCGGGACGGCUGCUCCUACGCCACUGCGCUGAACAUCACGAGCCUCAGCGUGGAGCGCUACAUGGCGAUCUGCCACCCGUUUAAAGCCAAGAGCAUCAUGUCCCGGAGCCGCACCAAGAAACUCAUCAGUGGCAUGUGGCUCGCGUCUUUCGCGCUGGCCACGCCGAUGCUCGUGGUCAUGGGGCAGGAGACGACCUCAGGAGAGAAGCUGUGCACUCCCAUCGUGUCCAUGGUCACCCUCAAGGCCGUGCUACAGGUGAAUGCGUUCCUGUCCUUCGUCGUUCCCAUGGUCACUAUCUCCGCCCUGAACGGAGUCAUAGCCAAUCAGCUGCAGCGGAUGUUCAAGGAGGCCGAGCAGGAGAACCGCAUGUGCAUCAUCGGAGGAAAUCCCACAAUGCUUAGCGUGAGUGUAGAGCCCAACCGAGCCCAGUCCCUGCGCCAUGGAGUCCUCGUGCUGAGAGUGGUGGUCAUCGCGUUCGUGGUUUGCUGGUUGCCGUAUCACGUGCGUCGUCUCAUGUUCUGCUACGCCGAAGACCUGUUUGACUUCUACCACUACUUCUACAUGUUGACCAACACUUUGUUCUACGUCAGCUCCGCCAUCAACCCCAUCCUCUACAACCUCGUGAGCGCCACCUACAGGCAGAUCUUUGUGUCCACGCUGCGCUACGUGUGCGUGCCGUGUCGCCGCCCGCCCAGGAGGAAGCCCCGCCCACUCACACGCCACUCCAUCUCCAUCUCCAGCAACCACACGCUGUCCACCAAUACGAUAAAAGAGACUGUGUACUGA